AUGCCACCCCGCACCCCCGCAACGGCAUAUAUCUGCCAAUCCUGUCUCCGCACCUUCCACCUCCGCCUCCGGCUCCACUCAAUCCCCCUCCGAAGACUAACGACGACAACCACCACUCCACCAUCCCCCGAAACCGGAACAUUCCGUAAAGACCUGAAAACAAGGCUAAAAUCCGAGCGCAGAUCCCGCCAAUCCCUAAAGUGCAGGACCUUCCCGGAAGCAUACGUGGUAACCUGUGGCCUAGAAAUCCACGCGCAACUCAACUGCGCUAGAAAGCUUUUCAGCCGGUCAAGCACGAGCAUCAGCGCCCCCCCAAACACACAUAUUGCGCCCUUCGACGCAGCGCUACCAGGGUCGCAACCGAGGCUUAAUAAAUCUGUCCUACUACCCGCGCUAAGAGCAGCGAUCGCACUUCGGUGCAGGGUGAAUGAGGUGUCCAGGUUUGAUAGGAAGCAUUACUUUUACUGGGAUCAACCGAGCGGGUACCAGAUCACGCAGUUCUACUCUGCCCUCGCGAAUGACGGGCACGUAAUGCUGUACCCGCACGAUACCCCAUACGCGAGUAGCGGGGGGGUCCGCGUGCCCAUUCGCCAAGUUCAGUUGGAGCAGGACACUGGCAAGACGAUUGCUAGCGCAAAUGUCUCGCUGGUGGACCUCAACCGCGUUGGCGCGGGGCUCGUGGAAAUUAUUACCGCUCCAUUUGACAUUCCCGGUGUGGCGUUUGCUUCGGCUGUUAUGAAGAAGUUGCAGGCUACGCUGCGUUCCGUGGGGGCUUGUGUCGUGGGUAUGGAGUGGGGAGGGCUCCGCGCUGAUGUUAACGUUUCUGUGCGCUCCAAGGGCGUGCAGGAGCUUGGGCGGCGCUGCGAGAUUAAGAAUUUGAGCUCGCUGAAGUUGGUUGAGGAGGCGAUAACCGCUGAGGUGGAGAGGCAGGUGCGGAUUUUGGAGAACGGCGGGGUGGUCGAGGGUGAGACGAGGGGUUGGGAUGUUGAGAAGGGGACUACGAAGAGGCUUAGAGGGAAGGAAAGGGGGGUGGAUUAUAGGUAUAUGCCUGACCCAGACCUGGGUCCUGUGGUUAUUGCGCCGGGGGUUGUAGAGAGUGUGAGGAAGGAGUUGCCACUGCUGCCUGAUGAAGUCCUCGAACAGCUCACGGGAACGGGAUAUCACUUAAACGUGAGGGAUGCACAAACGUUAAUGAUGUGGGACGAAGGAGAAGUAGGGGUAAUAUCCUACUACAAAGACGUCGUCGAAAAGGUCACCACCGCGUUAGGAACCGCCGAAACAGCAAAACAAAAGAAAGGCAAAGAAGUCGGAAAAAUAGUUGGAAACUGGCUAAUCCACGGACUCGGCGGAACGCUAACAACCCAUGCCCUCCCCUGGCCCCUUAACCCCCUCACACCAACCACUCUCUCAUCACUAAUCACCCACCUCCUAACCAACAAGAUCACCUCCGCUACUGCGAAAUCCCUCCUGUCAACAACCCUAUUCUCUCCCAGCGAAACCAGAACCGUGGAGCAGAUAAUCGAGCAGGAGAAUCUCGCGAUAAAAGCCUUGUCGGAAGCGGAGCUGGAGGAGAUUGUGCGCCGGACCGUGACGAGCGAUGAUGACGAUGGGCGGAGCGUUGGUGUUCUGGUGCAGCUUCGUGGGCUACAAGAGGAUGGGGGGGGGAGAGGGGAGAAGAGGAAGGGCCUUGCGAGCUUUUUCGUCGGGAAGGUUAUGAAGGAGUUGGCGAGGAGUGUGAGGGCAGAGAGGGUAGAGGCUGCCGUGGAGAAGGUUUUGAGGGAGGUGGUGUAACGGGGGAGGACGAUUUGUUAGCGUUUAAAAGGGCACGGUAAGGGAGAUAGGCUGAAGUGAUGUUGGGAGAUUGGCUUUGGGCUUGGGAUAGAAAUCAAUAGGUGACAUUAGCGCUUCCUGGCAAUGAUAGAGGGAGGUUAUGAUAACACCUUUAAAUCC